AUCUCCCUUCUCAUCUAAUAGAACGAAAAAGAGUAAUUUCGGAAGACGAUACCAGUCAUUGUUUACGUGCUCCUGGGAAACAACCAAGCUUCAAAAUAGCAGCGCGAGGAUAUAUGUUAUUUAAAUAGAACAUUUGCAAUAUUAUCAUUAUGUAGAGGGACACUUUGAAUACAGUCACAACAUAAGAUGCAAUGAAAGCUAAGACAUUUUUUGAUGCAGAUAAACCGAGUGAGAAGCUAAAUAUAACUAAUGGCACAUUGCCAGGUAUAAAUGAGGAGGCAUCAGAUGGAGAAGGGGACAAUACUGGUUUCUUAACAGCUGUUAGUUCGGCAGUCAAAUUUAGGAAACUGCGAAAGAGGCAUUUAAAGAACAACCCAUCGAUUAGAAGAUUUGAGCGACGCUAUACUGAAUUAGGACCUCUACUGAAGCCUGAACAGAAACGUAUUGACUAUAUUCUGAUUUAUGAUACAUUUCUGGAGGUUAACAUGGUUAAAGAGUCCAAGAGAGAAAGAUUUAAAAAUGCCAUGAAAUUGGAAGGAUUUCUACUUCAAGAAGAAAAAAUAAGAAACAAUGUAUUUAUCAAGAUUCACUGUCCAUUUAAAAGGUUGUGUGCUGAAGCAGAAAUGGUCAAACUGGAAAUGCCAAUUAAAGAUUGUGACAAAAAGGAACCAAAUUUAGGAUGUUUUGGUCGAUUUUUAGAGAAACAUUUUGAAACAGAUAAUGAAGUUUAUUUUGUCAGUGCCCCUUUUGUUAUGGACAAAAUCCAGUUAUAUGAAGGCUAUGAAGAUCCAACAAACUUCUUCAGAUCUAGUGUGAGAUCUAUGUUGGUCCAUCAUAUUUUGAUAAAUUUGGACAUAAGAGACAAAAGUGACAAGGAAAGGAAAGUCCUACAGAUAAGAGGCUUACCUUACCUGUUAAUGAAAGGUGUAUUCAAAGAUGCCUUCCCUCUUCACGAAGAAUCAUCAAAGAGUAAAUUUAAAGAAGAAACAAUGGAACGCUUUAAAGAAGGAAGACCUGACGAUGAAGAAGAAGACUUGAAGAUUGAUCCCCGGAGAGAUUUGGAUGACACUUGGACUAAACUCUAUAAAUUUCAGCCUUUGUGGAAGAUCAGAAACUAUUUUGGUGAAAAGAUUGCUUUAUACUUUGCUUGGACCGGUAUGCUGACAUCAUCACUAUGGAUACCAACCAUAUUCGGCUUUUGUAUUUUCUUGUAUGGUUUAAUAGCCAGCCAGAUCAAUGGAUCAGUGCCACUUGUUAUUCCACCGAAUGCCACAGACUUUCAACAAAUAACGAUUAGAAUGAAUGGUUUGCUCAGUACAAUAAAAAAAGCUUUUGACAAUGAUGUUACCCCGUUCUUUGCCUUAAUCAUCUGUCUCUGGGGAACAAUUUUCUUAGAACUAUGGAAGAGGACAAAUGCAACUUUAGCUUAUGAAUGGGAUGUGGAUAAUUUUGAAACCAACGAACCAGAUCGACCUCAGUUUUAUGGUUUAAAGGUCAAGACAGAUCCUAUUACUUCAGAAGAAAAUUGGGUUUAUCCAUUCAAGAGAUUGAUUUUGAAAUACACAGGUUCUUCUAUGGUUGUGAUCUUCAUGAUAUUAGUAGUAUUUGCUUGUGUUGCCGGUGUUAUUUUGUAUCGAGUUAUAGUGAGCGUAUGUGUAUGUCCAGGAAAUUCGGCAAUAGACUGCCUUAUACUGACCACUGUCUUUUCGUCUGUAUUGAAUGGUGUUAUAAUUUUAAUACUUGGAAAGUUUUAUGACAAGUUGGCUUUGAUGUUAACAGAUUGGGAGAACCACAGAACACAGAGUAGAUACGAUGAUGCAUUGAUAAUCAAGGUUUUCGCGUUUCAGUUUGCCAACACAUACGCUUCCUGUUUUUAUAUAGCGUUCUUUAGAGGGAAAUUUGAGAUAUUUGGUUUGGGAGAAAAUUUUUAUGAUGCAUGCUCUGAUACCUGUAUGUCUCAGUUGUCAUUCCAAGUGAUGGUUCUCAUGCUCAUUAAACCAUUCCCAAAAUUCCUUAAAGAUAUUAUUUUACCGACUGUUAGGAAAUUCUGGCGUAACCGUCCAAAUUGGUGUUGCCGUUACCGAUGUUGUGAUUGUUGUCAAUGUUGUCACAAUAAAGUAACUGAUGAAGAGGCAUUAGCUGAUGAAGAUAAGAAAAUGACCUUUGAUUAUGUAGAAAAUGAAAGAUUAAAGCCCGUUCUAGAUGACUUUACCCUAAGUGAAUAUACAGAGAAGAUUCUUCAGUACGGUUUUCUAAUGUUAUUUGCAGCUUCUUUUCCUCUUGCGCCACUAUUGGCCUUGUUAACCAAUGCCAUUGACAUCAGAGUGGAUGCUAAACGAUUGUUGUGGAUGUAUAGACGUCCAGUGGCAGCUAUUAGAGGGGAUAUAGGUAAAUGGUAUGGAAUCCUUCAGUUUGUGAACUUAGUUGCUGUAGUUACCAAUGGGUUUAUCAUUGCUUUCACUUCAUCGUGGGCUCAAGAUUGGACGACAACAGAAAAACUAUGGCUUGUUAUAGGAUUUGAGCAUAUAGUUUUUGGAUUGAAGUUCAUUUUAGCCUAUCUCAUUCCUGAUGUACCAGCAGCUGUUGCAUUAGAUAUAAGAAGAGAAAAAUUCCAAGUUGCUAAACUGCUCGGUACAUCUACACUAGACAAGAAAGGAAAAGGGAGUCAUGAUUUAGUGGACUAUUCAGAACUUGUGCCAAAAUAUUCAAAGAAAAGGCGAGAACGCUCCUCCAAUUAUGACACCUUUGAGGAGAAUGACGACACUUCCAAUUCCUUAUCACAGAAAAUAGUAAAAAAAGAAAAAGAGAAAAAUAAAGGAAAAAAAUCUGACUCUGAUGUAAAAGAGCCAUAUCCUUCUUUACCCACGGUAGAUUUAAUAUAUAAGAAACCAGAAUACACCAUUCCUGAAAGUUUAAAUGACAGCUCAUACACAAUCAAAAGUAUAUCAGGUAUUCAACCUACCAUAAAUCAAGAUACAGAAGUGUGAAGUCAAUGAAGUGUGAAAUCAGCGAAAUAUCUUUUCAAAGAAAUUAUAAGUACUAGAAUGAUAAAGCAGUGCUAUUUUUAUACUUGUUGUAUAACUUAGAUAAUGUUCUGUGAUGACAAAAUGUUUAAUUUAUUUCUUGUUUUAUAUAUAUAUUGAUAUCUUUCAAUCAUUUUCCAUCCUUUUUUAAAUGUUGUGAAAUCCAAAUAUUAUUGCAUAUUAUUCUGUGAUAUUUUACUGUGUUAUUUGUAAAAUUUGAAAACUGACGAAUUUCAAUAUUUUAUAGCUUCUCAAGACACUGGUAUUUUAAAACUUCAAAAUGGAGUUUUGCAUGCUCAUAGUUUUCAUUCUCUCAAAAUCAAGAUAAGUUUAUGCACAUCUCUGUACAUUUUAUAAGUUUUGUAAUAGUAAAUGGCAUGGCAUCUCAUGGUUCUUUAUAUCAUGGAUAUUUAUUCAGACUAAAUAUUCAAAUUGAAAGGUCAGAGAUUUAUUUGUUCACAUCGCUGAAUAGUUGACAAUCAAAGAGUUAGUUUUACUUUGUCAGUUAUAACCCCAUUAUUUUCUCUUUGUACAUGUAUCUUAUAUAAACAUGUUAAACUUUAAAAAGAUAUUCUCGUUUUAAUUCCAUAUUCAAAACGCAAUUUUGAUCAAAAUGGUUCAGAAAUUAAAAAAAAAAACAUGGAAAAUCUGUAUGCAUUAAUAUUAAGUCUGAAACAAUUUACAUUUGGCAGCAGAGGUUUAUUCUCAAAUGUUUUGAGAAACUUGAUAAUGUUUUAUUUUGUGUUAUUUAUUUGUUUUAGAUAUUCUGUACUGUAAUUUUUUUUAACUGUUUUGUGAUAUUGUUCUUCCGUCCAUGGAAAGAAAGACUCUUUUGUUAGUAUUUACAUAAUUCCUAUACUUUAGUGUUUAUUUUUAAUGUUUUUUUUAUGUAAACUGUUAUUGUUUUAAUGUUUUCCAAAGACUAUUUUUAUAUGUUUUAAUUAUGAACAAUCAGCUAUAUACAUACAUGUAUUUAAUUGUUACUAAUUAAUCUGUUGUUGGGGCGUUUUACGUUUCCACAAAUUGGCAUUACUUUUCCGGGAAAAAAAGAUGACGUUUCCGGAAAAAAAAGUUUACGUUUCCGCAAAUAAAAAUCUUACUUUUCCUGAAAAAAAAGUAACUAUUCCGGAAAUAUUUUUUUUACUUUUCCGCAAAUAAUUAAGGAAUACCGUAACCUAUUCAAAAGCAAAGCUAUUUAAUAUGUGUAAUAAGUUAUAGGUCAUCAUAACAUGUAAGUGAAACUCAUCAUUAAAAUGUAUGAAAACGUAUGUUCAAAAGUCAGCACCAAUCUGAUAUAUCUUGAAAUGAGUUCAUUAGUCAGUUCUGACAAUACUUGUAGCCAAUACGUAAUACAAAGUCCAUAGUAAUACAAAGUCCACAUUCAUCGUUUACAAGUUUUGUAUUUUGUUCAAAAAGGGAGUCCAUCUUCUCCUUUUCAUAUUUCCGAACAAGUGCUUUCACAUUUAGAGUUCUCAUCUUUAUGUAAGAUAUUGUCUGCAGUUUCAAUAACACAUUGACAAAGACAAAUAUGUUAGGAUGGCUAGCGUAAAACUGCUCGUUCAGGUUAGCACGAAAAGACUCGGCACAAUUCGUUGUUCUCUUUCUUUAAUUGUUAAUCCAACAAAGCAUUCUUCGAUCAUGUCGUUUGGCAAGUAAGCCAAACCAAGGAAUUGUAUUUCUUUUUAACUUAUCCUUACCCAAAUCAACUAGUUAUAUCUAGUAAAUUGUAGAUAUAAGAUCAGAACAUUUUCUUUAUUAAAAAGAUAAAAUAAAUAAUUUAUAUACCUUUUCAAUAAUAUAUUUCAAAUAUUUAUAAUUUACCAGGUAAAUUUUCUGGAAAAGUAAUAAAUACAAAUUGCGGAAACAUAUACUUUAAAUUUGCAGAAACGUAGUAUUGGGACUUUGAAAAAUCAGCGGAAAAGCAAUACGCCCUAUUGUUGACCAAUUCAGCUCAUUUUUUUUUUUAAUUUUGAUCUCAUAAUUACAUCCAUAUGUUUUAUGUAAAAAUUGGAGGGAUUCAAAUCUUAUACCUGACAAUUUGUAAAUAAAGAUACAAUGAAUUUUAAAGAAACUAUUUUGAUGGAAAUUGAUAACUUUAUUAUAAUAUUGCACAUCAACUUUUUUUAUGUAUAUUUUGACAAAAUUAUAUUUUAGAGCUUUUUUCACAAUCAUGAUUGUGCAAUUGAGUCGACACACAGUCAAAAUGAUGUAGUUCACAUCCCAAUCCAGAAAUUUAGCACUUAAAAACAUUUUGUACAUAAUAUACUGAAAAGCCAUCUAAACCAAUAUAAAAUGAGUAAUUGUAGUAUAAAAUGAGUAAUUGUAGUAUAAAAUUUCCUAAUAGGUGAAAACUUGAAAAGUUUAAAAUGAGUAAUCAACUUUUAACAAAUAAUUCAUGGUACUGAAGGCCAUCUGACAGUUUUUGGAACAGAUGGCAGAUGCCAGAGAGGUAAAAGUGCUAAUCUAAUGUUCCAAAAGCUUUUCAUAAAAUAAUAAAAUUGAAAUGUUUUGUGAUAAGUUAAAACAAUGACACCAAGACAGAUUUUGGGGAAAAUUAUUUUAUGAAGAAAUUAUGGGGUUAAAUUUGUAUAGUGAGUAAUUCAAGCUUUUGGUUUAUACAAGUGUAUAUUGGAAUUAUAUAAAAUUAUGUAAUUGAGUAUGACUUACUAUGUAUUUGCACUAAAAUAUCUCUAAACUGGCAUGCAAGUGUUAACAUUUUUUUAUAUAACUUACCAGUAACUGUGACAGUUUUUACAGAGAGAUGCUUUUUACCAAUAUUAUGAUUCAUAAUAUUAUGUAAUUUUUAUAUCACACAUUUAAAAAAACCGACAUCUUUAAAGGGAGAAUUUAUAUGGAAAAAACAUUUUUGAGCAGAGCAGAAAUGUGAUAUUGAUCAAUAUUUUUAUAAUGUUUAUCCUAAAAAUUGUAAUUUGUUGUGUACAGGACAUUGUUCGUUUGAUAGUUAUUUUAUGGUAUUUGUCAUGUCAGUGUAAAUGUUUUGUUUUUUCAGCUUGGAACUAAAUCUACCUCCAUUAAGAUGUUAAUUUUUAUAUUGAGAUUGAUGAUGAUCCACUCAAAUCAUUUAUUUUUAAACAUGGAUUUUCAUGUGAUACCAGAUUUCCUUGAUUUCAUGAAUAGGGAAAACACACAUUAAAUUACUCUAUGAAAAACAAAUUUUCAGUUGCUUUGAUGAAGACAAAGUUAAGAAUCUGUAGAAUAGUAAAUUUUAUUCUAGCCACAGAAAAAUAAAUGAAUCUCUAUCCAUAUUGUAAAUUAUAAACAAAUUAAACAUGUUUGUGACAAACUGAAAGAAACACCAAACUAACAUACACUAUUGAGAUGAGCAAUAGCUGGCAGUUACACUUGUAAUUCAUGAUUAAACAAGGUUUUGAUUUGACAUCCUGUCGUAUUAUACCUAUUAAGAAUACAUAACUUAAUUUUUAAACAUAAUUAUCAACAAUCAAUUGGUCCAAGACCACAAUUAUUUAGUAGUGCAUCUGUUUUAGAACAUAAAUAAAAAUUAAAAAAAUCCCACCUGCGCUUUCUCAAUGAAAUUUUUACAGUGUGUCGUACUACUUUUGGACAAAUUAUCUCAAAUUUAUAGAAAACGUCAUCGGCUCUAACUCAAAAUAUGGACAAUUUUAUGUUUAGGACAUCUUGAAAUCUUUUGACAGCUUCCGAAGUGCUAAUUUUUAAUCUUUUUCAGCUGGACCAAAUCACUACUUUCCUUAAAAAUUUGGGACCCAAUUUUUUUUACAUUGUAAUUUCACCCCCCUUCUUGCAAUUUGAGGCAUUUAACCUAGAGAAAUAAAUUUGAAAGGGGUAUAAAAAUUAAUGGCAAGUAACCCACUGUCAACACUAGGGACCAUAUUUGUGAACAACAAAAAUCAAGGGAGGACAAUUGUGGUCUCGGACCAUAGGAGGCCUCAGUGGCUGAGGGGUCUUAAGUAGUUCAUCUUAAAUAUGAGGUCCAACUAUUUUUCUUGGCAUUCCAUUUUGAAUUUAAUUAACUACAAACAAAGUUUUCCUGCUUAUUGUUUUGGUACUCUCUUUUCCUCGACAAGUAAAAGUUUCUGCCCUGUAACAAAUAGUGCUGAAAUAGGUGUAAAACACUAUCAAUCAAUAGGAUUGACAAUCAAAAAUCAUCCCUAAUAAGAACCUUUAGUGCUGUACAUCUAUAAGGGAGGGUAGGAGGGGUCUUGAACCCGAAAUCCGGGGUGAAAAACCUUUAAUCCCAAAAUCCAGGGCUUAAAACGUGAAAUCCUGAGGUCCCAAAAUUCGAAAAAAGAAUCCCUGGAUCCUGAAAAGGUCAAUCCCGAAAUCCGUCCCGAUAAAGGUCCUAUCCCUCCUCAUCUAUUUUAUUACUGAGAUUAUGUUAUCACAUGUAAAGCAUAGUAGUAGUGGGUUGUAUUAGUUAUAUGCCUUUGUGUUCUAUAUAAUUAUAUUAAGCCUACU